CGCGCUUUGCAAAGAUCAGCUGCUACAGCCCCCUUGCCGGCAGGCGUGCGUUUUUAAGACUCACAGCAACCACAAAACUCGCGCGCACUCCAAAUCGCAGCGUUUUUCGAUCAGUGCUACACCAAAACCACAUGGCUGCCCACGACGCCGACGCGCGCGCCCGCCAAGCGGUGGCAUUGCUCAUAAUUUGCACCGUAGUGCAACGUUGGGACGUCCUCGAAGCCUGCUACAGCGACGAGGGCAUCCUGCCCGUCGCAAACUGGCAAGCACAAGUGAACAACGACGCGCUCCACCGACUGCUCGUCGUCCACGCCUGGUCCGGUUCAAUAACCUGGCAGCGCGGCCUCGCCCUGCUCCAAGUUUUACUAGCCCUGGGCCUCGCGCUAAACAGGCAGCCGCGCCGCUGCGCCGUGCUCUCGCUCUGGCUCUACGCGAGUGUCACGGCGCGGCACGCCAAAUUAGCUUUCAUCCUCGACCGCUACGCGCACAUUCUGCUGCUGUGGCUCUGUGCGGCGCCCGACGCCCUGGCGAAGCCGACGCGCGCGCGGACGGCUUCAUAUAUAUUGAGGUGGGGCCAGCUGCUCUGGAUCUAUUGGGACGCGGGCCGGGCGAAAAUACGGGACCCGUUACACGGAUGGUCUUUUGAGGGAAACGCCCUGGACGCCUAUUUGAGGCAUACCUUCGUGGGCGAGACCACACGUACAUUGUUAGGAGAUCGCGGCGUGCGGUAUGCUACAAUUGUAGUGCCAUACGUUGAAGCCUUCGCGCCGGUCGUCGCCUGCGCGGCCUUCUACCUUGAAUGGCAUCGCCUUCGACGUGUCGCCUCAGCAACGAUAGUCCUCCUCCACGCCGGCAUCGGCCUCUCGAUGAACGGUGCUGGUUUGCUCUCAGCCUUUGCGUGCGCGGCGUGGCUCUUCGUCGAGCCACCUCUACCGGCCAAGGAACAAAAACGGGCCUCCUACCGGGACUGGUGCGGCGUCGUCGUGAUCGUUCUCUUCUCCUUGGGUUCCAUAGCGCAUGGCGUCCUUGAUAUGGCGAGUUGUAGGGACGCCACGCAGGAACCUCUCAAAGCAAUCUUCCACAACCGCUGGAACGUGUUUGCCGGCGCCGAGGACCACGUCACGUGGGAGAUCAUGCCUGCCCGCACGCAUUCUGGCGCGAUUGUGGAUCUGUGGUCGCAACAACCGGUAAGCUGGAAGCAACCGGCAAAAGCUGCGAGGUCCGGACGGUGGCGCUCCUUCCCGAUGCUCGGCGACGGCGAGGCGCCCGCCGAGGAAGUGGAAAGAGUCUACGCGUGGUUCUGUCGCGAGCGCGGAGACGUGUCGCACUUCCACGCGUACAUGCUCCGGGCGGAGCUGAAGGAUGAGACGAAAGUGUCGAAGCGGCUGUUGCAUGCGCACGUUUGUGCGUGAGUAAGUGUUUGUGUG